AUGUCAUCACCAGCAGGCAAUGCAUCGACACCGGUGCUGAAUAAAGCACCAGCUUCACCACCUACAGUGGCUACACCUCCUACUACAUCGAUCGAACAGGCUGUUGACUCGUUGUUCAGGAAGAACUCUUCGAUGGGUGGUCUGUUCUCAUCCCCGCCACAGGGUGCUACAAAUACACCACCCAUCUCUGGACUGGCCGGUGCUAAUCUGUCGCUGGGCAGUCUCAAUCCAUCAACUCCACCAAUAAUGACAAAGGUGGCCACACCUACUACAACGACAGCAGCAGCAACAGGAGUAGUGACGACACCAACAGCAGUAUCGACACCGCCAGCAGCGACGACAUCAUCAGCAGCAACAGGAGUAGUGGCUACACCAAUGGGCAACAUGAUCCCAAUGCAGCCAAUGCCAAUGACAACGACAGUGCCCACAAUGCAACCAAUGCCAAUAUCAACUGUGCAACCGAUGGAUAUGUCAACAUCUGCUGCGAAUGUGACCUCUACAUCAUCAACUACACAGACACCUGCACCAUCAGUAACAACUUCAAUGACCACAACAUCAACCAGGAGUGAGGAGAAAUCGUCAUCAAAGAGCGAGGAUAAAUCAUCAAAGAGCGAGGAUAAAUCAUCAUCAUCAUCAAAGACAUCAUCAGAGGAGAAAGCACAGAGAGACAAGGAUCGCAGAGAGCGUGAUAAAGAGCGAAGAGAGAGGGAGAGAGAGGCAAAGGAGCGCGAAAAGGAGGCAGCCAAAGAGAAGGAGGCGGCCAAGGAGCGUGAGCUCAAGGAGAAGGAGGGUAUGAAGGACUUCGAGCAAGAGAUACUGGGCAAGAGAAAGCUGAGUGAGCUGCUGAAUCAGAUAUCAGCCACUGAGAGGAUGGAUGAAGAAGUAGAAGAGAUAUUGUCUGUAUUGGCCGAUGACUUUGUAGAGUCUGUCGUAUCAUUUGCUUGCACACUGGCCAAGCAUCGCAACUCAAACUCACUGGAGGUGAAGGAUCUUCAGUGUCACCUGGAGAGGAAUUGGAAUAUUAGAGUGCCAGGCUUUGCUGUGCCCGAUGGUGGCGGCAAGUCAUACAAGAAGCAGAACAUACCAGAGAAUCACAAACUGCGACUGCAGCUGAUGAGAAAGUCCAUACUGACUCAGAACAAGAAGCAUGCCACUGCCCAUCCACAACAGCAGCAGCAACAGACAUCAGCGGCCACCAACACAGCAACUACUUCCGCAUCAUCAGCAGCAGCGACAUCAACAACUACCACAUCAUCUGCCGCCUCUACAUCGGUACCACCACCAAACUCAACGUCGACGACGACAACAACCACAUCAGCAACAGCGCCCUCAUGA